GCAGCAGAUUGAGAGAGAGCUCAACGGAUAUCUGGAGUGGAUCUGCAAAGCAGAGGAAGUCAUACUCGCCGAGGACGAUGAUGGCACCGGAUCUCGUCGUAGGCCCACCAUAAAGAAAAACAAAGCUGACCUGUUAAAUCCAGAAGAGGGAGAGGACCACAUGGGAGACGCAGUUGGCUCGCCUUUUGCUCGUGGGAGCAUAAAGAGCGGAAAGGGCGAUGGGACCGGAUUUAGCAAGAAAGAGCGACGUCUUCGCUUCAUCAUUCGAAAGAUUGUAAAGACUCAGGCGUUCUACUGGACUGUCCUCAGCCUGGUGGGACUCAACACACUGUGCGUGGCUGUAGUACACUACGAUCAGCCCGAGCUACUGUCGGACUUCCUCUAUUAUGCUGAGUUCAUUUUCCUAGGCCUCUUUAUGUCAGAGAUGCUGAUUAAGAUGUACGGACUGGGGACGCGCCCUUAUUUCCACUCCUCAUUCAACUGUUUCGACUGUGCAGUCAUCGUUGGCAGCAUAUUUGAGGUGGUCUGGGCCAUGGUGAAGCCGGGGGCGUCCUUUGGAAUCAGUGUGUUGCGAGCUCUCCGACUACUUAGGAUCUUCAAAGUCACCAAAUACUGGGCGUCUUUGCGUAAUCUAGUAGUGUCUCUUCUAAGCUCCAUGAAGUCCAUCAUCAGUUUACUUUUCCUUCUCUUCCUCUUCAUCGUGGUCUUUGCUCUUCUCGGGAUGCAGCUGUUCGGUGGACAGUUUAACUUUGAGCUAGGCACUCCUCCAACAAACUUCGAUACUUUUCCUGCUGCCAUAAUGACAGUGUUUCAGAUUCUAACCGGAGAGGAUUGGAACGUAGUGAUGUAUGACGGCAUUAAGUCUCAGGGAGGGGUGGACAAAGGAAUGGUCUUCUCCAUAUUCUUCAUUGUCCUUACACUCUUUGGCAACUACACACUACUGAAUGUGUUCUUGGCUAUCGCUGUGGACAACCUGGCCAAUGCUCAGGAACUAACUAAGGAUGAACAGGAGGAAGAGGAGGCCACAACACAAAAGAUUGCUCUCCAGAAAGCAAAAGAAGUGGCGGAAGUGAGCCCACUGUCUGCUGCCAACCUAUCUAUUGCUGCAGUUACAGUAAAAUCUGAACGUAUCGAUGCCACAGACAGUUUACUGGACUGUAAAGAGCAGCAGAAGAACUCAAAGGUUUCCAAGUCAGUGUGGGAGCAGCGCACAAGUGAGAUCCGCAGACAGAACCUGAUGACCAGCAGAGAGGCGCUUUACAAUGAACUUGAUGCAGAAGAUCACUGGAAGAUGAACUACCACAACCGUCCUGACAUGAAGACCCACUUGGACCGCCCACUAGUAGUUAAUCCUCAGGAGAACCGCAACAACAAUACCAACAAGCCCCGACCGGGUGAACCAAACCCCCAGGAGCUAAACCAGCAGCGGGGUGAAGAAUACCUGCAGCACCAGUCCCGAUACCACCACCAUCACAGUCAUCAUCAUCACCAACACCACCACCACUCCAGCCGCCAGUCCCUACACCACCCAGAGCUGGGGGAGGCAGGCUGCGAUUGUGCCCAGAAAGGAGGCGAGGACAUGGAGUGCGCAGGGGAGCACAGGCGACCCCGACACCACCAGCACAGAAGAAAGGACGAGGAUGGAGGGAGAAGACACAGAGAACACCACAGCAGAGGGGAGACAGGAGGAGAAGGGGAGGAGGGCCAAGAGAAGAGGCAGAGGAGGCAUCGCCAUGGAAACCAUGGGGAUGGAGAUGGAAGGAGGGAUAGAGAACGGAGUCGACAGCAUCGAGCUAGAAAAGAGGGUAGUUUAUCAACAGCUCGUCCAAUUCAGCCAGGUCUUCCUCAUGCAGAGAGCCAGUACAGCGAGGAUCUGGACAACCUGCGAAAUAGCAGCAAGAUGGCCAUCCACGACCCUGACCCCGACUUUUAUGACCCCUACUGUGACCCAGAGCAGGCCAAUAACCUGCUGAACCUGCGUGGACCAGAUUUCCAUGACAGCAGUCUCAUUCUGACUGACUGCACCAAAACCCCCAGCAAACUUGACCACACUGCCAUAGAUAUGCCCCCGAUUUACCCCUCAUUCAAUGCCAAACUGCAAGUGAACAAGAAUGCCAACACAGAGCCAGCUAAAGAAGGAGAGAAGAAAGAGGAGGAGGAAGACAAUGGUGGCGAUGAAGAUGGCCCCAAACCCAUUCCUCCGUUCAGUUCCUGUUUCAUCCUAUCCACAACCAACCCGUUUCGAAGAUGUUGUCAUUACAUCCUGACGCUACGUUAUUUCGAGAUGUGUAUUCUGUCAGUCAUCGCUAUGAGCAGCAUUGCUUUAGCUGCGGAAGAUCCGGUGUGGCCGGAAUCACCUCGAAACAACGUAUUGCGUUACUUUGACUACGUCUUCACUGGUGUGUUCACCUUUGAGAUGCUCAUCAAGAUGGUGGUGUUAGGCUUGGUUUUGCAUGAGGGCUCAUAUUUUCGUGACUUGUGGAACUUUCUGGACUUUGUAGUGGUUAGUGGUGCCCUGGUAGCCUUUGCCUUCACGAGCCUCUCUCGGGGGAGCAGUAAGGGGAAAGACAUCAGUGUCAUCAAGUCUCUGAGGGUCCUAAGGGUGCUACGUCCACUCAAGACCAUCAAACGUCUUCCCAAACUAAAAGCGGUGUUUGACUGUGUAGUGAACUCUCUGAAGAACGUGUUGAACAUCCUCAUUGUCUACAUGCUGUUCAUGUUCAUCUUCGCUGUGGUGGCCGUGCAGCUUUUUAAGGGACGAUUCUUCUACUGCACCGACGAAUCCAAAGAGUUUGCCCGUGACUGCAGGGGCGAAUAUUUGGUGUAUGAGCGCAAUAACGAGGUGAAAUCGCAGAAGCGGGAGUGGAAGAAGUACGAUUUCCACUACGACAACGUGCUUUGGGCCCUGCUUACUCUCUUUACUGUGUCCACCGGAGAGGGAUGGCCGCAGGUGUUGAAGCACUCUGUGGACUCCACUUAUGAGGACCAGGGCCCGAGCCCGGGGUACCGGAUGGAAAUGUCCAUCUUUUACGUGGUGUACUUCGUUGUCUUCCCCUUCUUCUUCGUAAACAUCUUUGUAGCUCUCAUCAUCAUCACUUUCCAGGAGCAAGGAGACAAGAUGAUGGAGGACUACAGCCUAGAAAAGAAUGAGAGAGCCUGUAUUGAUUUUGCUAUAAAUGCCAAACCUCUAACGCGCCACAUGCCUCAGAACAAGCAAAGCUUUCAGUACCGAAUGUGGCAAUUUGUGGUGUCACCUCCGUUUGAGUACAGUAUCAUGGCUCUCAUUGCGCUCAACACCAUCGUCCUUAUGAUGAAGUAUCAUGGGGCCCCUUCGACGUAUGAUGUAGUCCUGAAGAACCUGAAUAUAGUGUUCACCACACUCUUCUUCAUGGAGUGUGUUCUGAAAAUCAUUGCCUUUGGUGCCCGAAAUUAUUUCCGAGACGCUUGGAAUAUUUUUGAUUUUGUGUCUGUUAUCGGCAGCAUCACUGAUAUUUUGGUGACAGAGCUAUGGGAUAACUUCAUAAACCUGAGUUUUCUGAGACUCUUCCGAGCAGCACGUCUCAUUAAACUCUUGAGGCAGGGCGAGACCAUUCGCAUUCUGCUUUGGACAUUCGUUCAGUCAUUUAAGGCUCUGCCGUAUGUGUGCCUGCUCAUUGCAAUUCUGUUCUUCAUCUAUGCCAUCAUUGGCAUGCAGUUGUUUGGGAACUUGCGGCUGGAUGCAGAGGAAGGUAGUGCGAUCAAUGAACACAAUAACUUCAGAACCUUCAUCAUGGCACUGAUGCUCCUCUUCAGGAGUGCCACAGGCGAGGCAUGGCAUGAGAUCAUGCUGGCAUGUCUCGGAGGAAUGGAGUGUGAUGAAAACUCUGGGAACGAGGGGUCAGAGUGCGGCAGCAACUUUGCUUAUGCUUACUUUGUCUCUUUCAUCUUCCUCUGUUCUUUCCUGAUGCUGAAUCUCUUUGUCGCUGUCAUCAUGGAUAACUUUGAGUACCUGACCAGGGACUCCUCCAUUCUGGGUCCACAUCAUUUGGAUGAGUAUGUCAGGAUUUGGGCAGAGUAUGACCCAGCAGCCUGCGGGCGCAUUCAUUAUAAGGAUAUGUACAGUUUAUUGCGGGUUAUCGACCCCCCGCUGGGCUUAGGCAAGAAAUGUCCUCAUAGGGUGGCCUGCAAGAGACUGCUACGCAUGGACCUACCUGUUGCAGAUGACAACACGGUGCAUUUCAACUCCACUUUGAUGGCUUUGAUACGCACAGCUCUGGACAUCAAAAUCGCUAAGGGAGGCGCAGACAAACACCAGAUGGAUGCCGAGCUCCGUAAGGAAAUGAUGUCGAUUUGGCCAAAUCUCUCCCAGAAGAACCUGGAUCUGCUGGUAACACCACAUAAGUCAGCAACAGACCUGACAGUGGGCAAGAUCUACGCCGCCAUGAUGAUCAUGGAGUACUACCGGCAGAGCAAGGCCAAAAAGCUGCAGGUGCUUCGUGAGGAGCAGAACCGAACGCCAUUAAUGUUUCAGCGCAUGGAGCCAUCCCCGAACCAGGAAGGUGGACAGGGGCUGAACGGUCUCCCCGAGUUGCCGCAGGAACCUGUCAACAGCCUGCCUCCGGAGGGUGGAAUGAGUGAGAGCCAGUCGUGGGCGACGUCACGAGCCCAGGAAAAGCUCCAGAAGUCUGUUCCAGAAAACUGGAACCCUGACAGACCGUAUCCUGAUGACCAUCACAACAGCCGUCACAAUCCACAGACGGUAGAAAUGAGAGAGAUUGGGCCUGUUGGGGACGGUUACUCGGACACUGAGCCCUAUCACCCAAUGGAAGGGCAUGGGCGGACCAUCUCCAUGCCACGCCUCUCAGCAGACAACCAAAGUGUGCGUUCUGCUGCGCGACGGAGACACAGGCCGCGAGGAAGUAACCUCAGUACCAUCACAGACACAAGUCCAAUGCGCCGUUCUACAUCCUCACUGGUUCACGGACGUUCAGGACGAGGCGUGCGACUGGACGAUUACUCUCUGGAACGGGUGGUGUCUGAAGAGGGUCACCGACACGGUCCACGAAGAAGAGAACGGGAUCGAGACCGGGAGAGAGACCGCAGUCACCGCACCUCAGAGAGAUCACUCGCUCGCUAUACAGAUGCAGACACAGCAGGUCUGGGCACGGAUCUCAGCACCACUACACAAUCAGGUGACCUCCCACCUAAAGAGAGAGAACGAGAACGGGGUCGAGCAAAAGAUCGUCGCCACCACCACCACCAUCAUCAUCAUCACCACCACAGCUCGGUGGAUAAGGAGCGGUACGGUCAUGAGCACGAUUACCACCGUCAUCCUCACGACAGAUCUGAUCGCCACUGGUCCCGCUCACCGAGUGAGGGGAGAGGGCAUAGACAGUAGUUCCGUGAGCGGAAGCCCCGUUCCCUCGACGUCGGGGACCAGCACCCCCCGACGUGGCCGUCGGCAGUUGCCCCAGA